CAGCGCCCGCGUGUAGGCAGCGAAUAGGAGGCGUGAGCAGAGGCGGGAAGUGAUUGGUGCCUGCCAAGUGACGUCACCGAUCCGAUCUUUUAAAAUCGUUUCCCGGGAGCAGCUGCGCUAAUGUGAGAUCUGGGGAACAGAAUCUCUGGCCCAAACACAGCUAUGCACGGAGCCCAAAUCCGAAGGACUCUCUUCUUUCUAACCUUCAUCUCACUGGCCGGGCCCUCGUUGGCAUUUUUUGGCUGGUUUACCCGCAAGUCAUCACCAAGUCACUCCCAUGGCGCUUCCUCUGAAUCCACUGCUCCUGCUGAUCCAAAGUCUCUCCCUAGUGCCCCUUUUGAAAUGAUCAUGGCAGAUGAAAAGUUCUUGGCGGAGGCAAAAAGCCUAGAGCUCUCCCCACUGGACAGCUGUCACUACAAGGUUGUGAGCCAGUUACAGGCUUCGUGCACGGAGAUGUCUGAAGAGGAGAUAGCAAAACUCGGGGUGUCCUUGUUCAAUUGCCAGGCUGAGGUGGAGGGGCGCCCUACUUACCCCUGCACAGAAGACAUGACUUUGGCGGAAUGCACAAAGCCCAUGGAUCCAGACACUUGGAAUGCCUAUCAUAUUGUCAGCAACAGGGCUCGGUCCGUUUGUUAUGCUACAAGGCAGCUCCACUUCCGCCGUCGCACUGAACUAACUGUCAACACUCUGGUGUCAACUGCCAUGAGCCAACUGGAAGCCAUGAAGCUGCUGAAGGAUGGACAAGAAGAGCUGAGGGAGCUGACGUCAGAGUCCCUGCAGAAGGUGGUGAGCAGUCAGAAUGAGCUCUUGGACCAACAGGAGCUUCUGCAGAACAAUCAGGAGAAGAUGGAGGGUUCCAUCAAUGGGAAUCUGGAGAUGCUGGCAGAGGAAAAAGCUCUUAUUGCCAGUGGGCACCAGCUGGUUGCUCAGUUGAUUGAAGGCAUCACAAAAAAGAUGGAGAAUGUGAGUAGCCAACUGGUGGAGCAGGACACAGAGCUGCAGGAAGGGCACAAAGCAAUCCUGGCCGACCUAUCGGAGGUGAGGAGCCGAUCUCAAGCCGUCUAUACCAAAAUUGAGUCGGACCUGUCCCUAUUCCUGUCCUACCAGAACCAGACGUCCCAGUAUUAUGAUGUCCUCAUGGAGAAACUGCACAGAAUGAACCAGAGCCUGGGGACGGUUCUCUACGCUAUGGAGCACAUGCACAGGAGUGUGGAACAGAGACUGGGGUACAUCCAGGGAUUCAUUGGUUGGGCAGGCAUGAACCUGAAUGCCAUUUACACAUGUGUUCUUCAUGGGGCCUAUUUCCUUCUGCUGGCGUUGCUCAUGACGUUCCUGCAGACACCUGGUUUCUCUCGAGCGGUCCUUCUCUUCCUUGUGCUCCUCAAUGCUCUGUCAGAACUCAACCAUCAUGUCUCCCUGGGCUUCAGGUCACUCACUGUCCUGCUGGUGUGUGUGGUCAUAGCUAACUGGAUGUUGGUGAAUUUUAUUCGGGGCCUGGUGAAGUUCCGGAAUCAUAAAAAACACAAAGCUCUCCCACCGCCAUAUGUUCCAGCAGUGACUGAAUCCUGCAAAGCUGGGGACAAAGACUACUGCUCCUCUACCCCAGAAAGGGCUGGUGAUUUGACGUUGCUGAAAGAGGAGCUAAGGAAGCUGGAGGACAAGGAUUUACAAGAUGACUCUCUUCUGGAGAACGACUCUUUGGUGAAAGAUGAUUCUAUUGUGGCUUCUGCUCCCAUGAACUGGAAGGCUCAGCAGAGUUUAAUGAAGACUCCCAGCCACUCUACCCCCGCCAUGAAACUACGGAGGCUCAGUGUGUCCAGAUCUAUCCGAUCCAGUGAGAUCUCCGCAAAGCAGCAGGGGGUGCUGGACACAGUCUCCCAACGUCACCUUGGAGCUGCUUUUGAUGCCUUGUCCUCAUCCAAGAACUACAGUCCAAACAGUUCCAUGUGCAGCAAUACGUCUAUCUCUUCCAUGUCCCCUCGCCAGUUCUGCCAGGCCACCACAAAGGCAGGUCAACCCUGUCGCAAUAAGGCCAGCGGGGGCCAGGAGUUCUGCCGUGUGCAUACCAAUGGCCAAGCGUCCUACAUUGCCUCGUGAUGGUCCUCUCUUGACUGGAUCAUUCCAUUAUAGAAGAUUCUUUUUCAUAAAUGUUCCAAGACAUGACAUAUAUAAAAAUCUAGAAGCCAACAGAAUGUGUGGAAUUCUGUAAAGCAAAUUCUGUGGUUGUCUCACGGUGGAUAAAUGACUCACACUUGGACAUCUACUGAACCUUUAAGAGCCAACCCUCCUGGAUGGAAAUAGCUUCUCCGAGCAUUGAAAACAACUUGGCACUUAUCCCCAUGUAUAUGAGCUUCCCCCUCACCGACUCACCUGCAAGUUUUUAUAUUUGACUCUGGAAAUAGAUGCAUUUCCUGAAAAGUUAAUGAGACUGAGGCAUUAUAUAAUGGUCUCUUUACUGUUUAUAACUUAUUUUAAGCAUUAUUUCCCACAGUCUGUCACUUUUGUACGUGUCGUUACAUACUGUCUAUUUAUAAUAAAUUUUUAAAAAAAUA